AUGGUAAUCCCCUCCGUCCAGAUCGCCGCCGUACUUCCCCCGGCCGGAGCAUCGGCGGAUGCAUGUCUUCAAAUUAAACCAGAUCAUCCCGUACCGUCUCCGGCGGAAGGCGAGCUUUUAGUCAAGCUGGAAUUUUCAGGGGUGUGCCAUUCAGAUGUGCACAGCGUCCGUGGCGAGACGCACAUGUUGACGGACGUGGCGGGGCAUGAGGGGGUGGGGAAGGUGGUCAAAGUGGGGGAGGGGGUUACUGAGCAUGAUUGGAUGGGUAAACGAGUUGGUAUCAGUAUGAAUGACGAGCUACGCGAUAGAUGGCUCUACAGCUCUUGCUUGAACUGUGAGAUUUGUGCUAUCAAUAAUACGGCAUGUCCGUACCAGAAGAAUGCUGGGGCUAAUGUCCCUGGCACGUUUCAGCAAUACAUUGUUAGUCCCGCUGCCCAUGUCACGAAGAUUCCAUCGCAACUGGCGCCGGACGUGGCUGCACCGCUUCUAUGUGCGGGAAUCGCCAUGUAUUCGUCAAUAAUGAAGACAAAAACUCGCCCUGGCGACUGGAUUGUACUUCCUGGAGCUGGAGGCGGUUUGGGACACAUGGGGAUUCAAAUCGCAGUAAAAAAGGGACUUAAAGUUAUUGCGAUUGAUAGUGGAGAGAAAAAGAAGCAGCUGUGUCUCUCCUUGGGAGCAACCAGCUUCCUGGACUACAAAGUAGAUGAUAUUGAGAAAGAAGUCAAGGGUCUGACGUCGAGUUUUGGUGCACACGCAGUCAUCUGUACCGCUAACAGUGAGCCGGCCUACACGCAGAGUAUUCGAUUGCUUCGCAGUCUGGGGGUUCUCGUCUGCGUUGGUAUACCGAGUGCGCCAUUUCGACUGCCAGCUACGCCGUUUGACAUGAUCGUAAAGGGCCUAACGAUCGUCGGGAAUUCUGCUGGCACCGCUCAAGAAAUGGAUGAGCUGAUGGAAAUGGCAGUAGCCGGUGACGUGAACGCUCAUAUCGAAUGCUUCGACUUUGAUAAGAUCGAUGAAGUACUGCAACGACUAGGACGUUCUGAGAUUGAAGGCCGGGCUGUUGUGAAGAUCCCAGAAUGA